AUGAGCCCUCCUGCUAAGAACAUUAACGAAAGAUCCAUUACUGACCUCUUGAGCCUAAAAGGCAAGAAGGCCCUUCUUUACGGAUGCUCUAAGGGUAUCGGUUUAGAUGUUGCUAAAGCUUUUGCCCAAUCUGGAGCUGAUGUAGUGAUUACCUACAAUAGCACCAAUGCCGAGAGUCAAGCGAAGGAAAUUGGUCAAAAGUAUGGUGUGAAGGCAAUUGCAAUAAAAUGCAACGUUAGUGAUUGUAAUCAAGUUAAGAGUGUGUUUGACGAGGCUUUGAAGCAGUUUGGCCAAAUCGACACUGUUGUUGCAAACGCUGGUGUUUGUACCGGUAAAUCUGCAAUUGAAAUGACUCCUGAAGAGUGGUACAAGGACAUUAAUAUCAACCUCAACGGUAUCUUUAACGUUGGUCACGUUGCUGGUGCUGUUUUCGAAAAGCAAGGAUUUGGUAGUCUUACUGCUACUGGCUCUAUGUCAGGUGCCAUUGUCAACGUUCCUCAGAAGCAAGCUGCUUACAAUGCUUCCAAGGCUGGUGUAAUUCAUCUUUGUAAGAGCUUGGCUGUUGAAUGGGCUCCUUUCGCUCGUGUUAACGUUGUUUCUCCUGGUUACAUCUCCACUGAUAUGACUGGUGGAAUGCACGAAGAAUGGGUUCCCUACACACCUUUCCGUCGUAUUGGCUUACCCAGAGAAUUGGUUGGUGCCUACGUAUAUUUGGCUAGUGAUGCUGCUAGUUAUGUUACAGGUUUGGACCUUAAGGUUGACGGUGGAUACACUUCUAUUUAA